UUUCAAAUACAAGUUUACAAAAGAAUUAAUAUAGAGUCUAUUUUAAAUUUUAGAUUUGAAGAUAUUCCCAAUAUUAUGGAAUCUUGUUGCAAAACCUUUUCAUUUGAAAAUUUAGAAAUAAUACAAGGAAAACAUGGAUUGGUUACAAAAGAAUCAAUAUAUAAUCAAUUAUUAAUUGAAAAAAAUGGGGGUUUAUGUUUUAAAUUAAAUAGUUUAUUAUAUUAUUUUUUAUUAGAUUAUGGAUUUAAUGUUUUUAUGGUUGCUGGAACUGUUGUUUGUGGUCCCACACCUAAUAGAGCACCAGGAUGUCAUGUAGCAGUGGUAAUGAUACAUGAUAAUAAAAAAUACUUUUUAGAUAUUGGUUUUGGUGUAUAUACUGCAAUUAAACCUGUUUUAAUUAGUGAUGGUGAAAAUGAAAAUGAUUGCAUUGUUUCAAAGAGUAAAAAUGGAUUGUUUAGAAUAAUAAAAGAAAAAAAUCAAUCUAUAUUACAUACUGGAGAAACUAAAAACUAUACACACACUUUACAAUUUAAAAAAGAUAAUAAUUAUGUAAUUGAAAAAUUUAGAGAAUGG